UAUAUACUUGGGUUUAAGUACUUAACCUGUUCAUAAUUCGAUACGUUCUAAAUAUCAAUAUAAAGUCUAGUAUUUACUAAAAUUCGUGAUAUUUUACUGAUGAAUGUUAAAAUGUUUACAUCUAAACAAAUAUUAAAAUUAUUGGUUGCCUCAGCGGAAAAAAGAAGCUCUGUUCUUCCACCACAAAUAUCACUACAUAAACAUUUCAGUGAACGGAAAAGAUGUUCUACAAUUUAUGCACUUUCUUCUGGAUAUGGGAAAUGUGGCGUAGCAGUAAUUCGGAUAUCUGGUCCAGAUGCAUCAAUUGCUUUACAAAAAAUGACUAGAACGUCAAAUUUAGAACCUAGGAAAGCUGUUCUGAGAAAGAUCUAUGAUCCAGAAACAAAAGAAUUUUUAGAUAAAGGCCUAUGUCUUUGGUUUUCAGAACCUAAUUCAUUUACUGGAGAGGAUUCUGUAGAAUUUCAUGUUCAUGGUGGUCCUGCAGUAAUAAUAUCAGUUCUUGAAGCACUUUCAAAAUUGAAUUUUCAACUUGCAUCUCCUGGAGAAUUUACAAAAAGAGCUUUUCUAAAUGGAAAAAUAGACUUAACUGAAGCAGAGGGCAUAGGAGAUUUAAUUGAUGCAGUAACUGAAAAACAACGUAAACAGGCUUCUAGUCAAACCAGUGGUUCUCUUCGCCAUCUCUAUAACUCCUGGAGGGUAAUUCUUUUAAAUUCGCUUGCUAACUUGGAAGGUUAUAUUGAUUUCUCUGAAGAACAUAGCCUGGAACAUGGUAUUUUAGAAAAUACAAAAACAAUAUUGCAAAAUUUGUAUACAGAAAUUCAGCAACACUUGUCUGACGGAAGAAAAGGAGAAAUUCUGAGAACUGGAGUACGCGUUGCAAUUCUUGGAAAACCAAAUGUAGGAAAAAGUAGUCUUUUGAAUCUCCUUUCUAGAAAAAAUGCAGCCAUUGUAACUUCACUUCCAGGCACAACAAGAGAUGUUAUAGAAUUAACAACAGAUAUAUGUGGUUAUUCGAUGAUUCUUAUAGAUACUGCAGGAAUUAGAAAUGACCCAGAGAAUGAAAUAGAGGAGGAAGGUAUCAGAAGAGCAAAAGAAUGCACAGAAAUAGCAGAUCUUGUUAUAUGCUUAAUAAGUGCAGAAAUUGACUUUAAAUGUUCUUACAAAGAGUUCAUAGAACGUUACAAGAACCUUUUAGAAAUAAAAACUGACAAUGUUUUAAUAGUAGUUAAUAAAAUAGAUUUACUAGAAGAAAAAAACAAACAAAGAUGGAAAAACCACAAUGUUAUACCAAUUUCUUGUAAAACACAAGAAGGUUUACAACAACUUACAAAUACAUUAGGAGAACAUUUAAAAGAAAUAUGCGGCGAUCCAACUGAAGAAAAUCCUGUGAUUAGUCAUGCAAGAUAUAGAAACCACUUAACAAAUGUUAUAAAACACAUUGAAGCCUAUUUAAAAAGGACAGAAAUGCAAAAUUAUGACAUGGCCAUAUCUAUAGAAGAUAUUAGAUCUGCAGCAAGAGAAUUAGGAAAAAUAACAGGCUGCAUUAACAGUGAGGAAGUUCUUGAUAUUAUCUUUAUUAAUUUUUGCGUUGGAAAAUAA